GACCCGGACAAGGGCCCGACGUUCCUGCGCCUCGCGUGGCACUCGUCGGGCACCUACAGCAAGCUCGCGGCCGACGGUGGCAGUAAGGGAGGCACGAUCCGCUUCAAGGAGGAGCUCGCGCACGGCGGCAACGCGGGCCUGCCCAAGGCCGUCGCCUGGCUCGAGCCCGUGAAGAAGCAGUUCCCCGGAGCGAGCUACGCGGACAUCUUCACGCUCGCGGGCUGCGUCGCGAUCAAGGAGGCGAACGGCCCCGUCAUCCCCUGGAGCGCGGGCCGCGUCGACGAGCCGGCGUCCGCGGUGACGCCCGACGGCCGCCUCCCCGCCGCGGACAAGGGCUCGCCCGACAAGACGGCGGCCCACCUCCGGGACGGCGUCUUCUACCGCAUGGGCUUCGACGACCGCGAGAUCGUCGUCCUCUCGGGCGCGCACGCGCUCGGCCGGUGCCACCCGGACGCCAGCGGCUACGACGGGCCCUGGACGCCGACGCCGAACCUCCUCACGAACUCCUACUACUCGCUCGUCCUCAACACGAAGUGGACGCCGCGCGCCUGGGACGGGCCGGCGCAGUUCGAGGACCCGAGCGGCAAGCUCAUGAUGCUCCCGUCGGACCUCCUCCUCCGCGACGACGCCAAGCUCCGCAAGUGGGCCGAGAUCUACGCCGCGGACAACGCCAAGUUCCUCGCCGACUUUAGCGCCGCCUUCAACAAGCUCGAGGAGAACGGCUGCACGGGCCUCACGCCCGUCGACUGGGCCUGA